AUGUCGCUCGAUCGCUUCUUGGUGUUGCCAGAUGAGCUUCUGCUCAUUUGGCAUGACCAUCGCGUGCCCCUGUUGCUGUCGGCCGUUUCCCUCGCUGUACUCGUACAUCUCGCAAUCUACUUUCGGAGUCGGCGCCACAAGAUCUCAGCCUCGCCCGCACCUUCUUCGCCGAUUGAGAAGAAAGAGAUUGAGCUGAGACCUGAAUGGCUACCAGAGAACACAACCAUAGUCACGCCGGCGGUAAAUGUGGACAAUCGUGCAGAAGACAGCGUUGUGUCUGUACCAGUCGUAAAGGCCAAGAAGGGACCCAAGACGGUCAAGGGCAAGAAAGUGCCGAAGAAGCGCGCACCAGCUGCGGCUAACUUCAACCACAAGACGGACAAGAUCCAGCCACUGGUCUUCUUCCAAUCACUCUCCGGCACCACCGAGCGCUACGCCACCCAGCUCACAAAAGUCUUCACCGAAUGGACUGCUGGUUGCGACCAGUCUAUAUCGUUUCUCGAACCUCAGAUCCACGACCUAUCCUACAUCGAGUUCGACGACUUCUUCCUCAGCCCCCCAAAGAACGAUUCGAGCGUGAAAUACUUCUACAUCAUUUUGCUUCCUACAUACAACAUCGACACCGUCUUGGACAACUUCAUCGAGAACCUCCAAGAAACGCACAAUGACUUCAGAAUCGACACUGCGCCGCUCAGCGGACUGUUGGGGUACUCGGUGUUUGGGCUUGGAGACAAGGAGGGGUGGCCAACGGAGGAGGAAGGCUUCUGCAGUCAGGCAAGGGAAGUGGACAAGUGGAUGGCGAGAUUGACAGCUAGGAAGAGAGCGUACCCCUUAGGCAUAGGAGAUGUCAAAAGCGACGUGGACACGCGAUUGGGAGAGUGGCGCGUUGGUGUACAGGAAGCACUCGUGGAGCUGGCAGAAGGCAGAGGCCUGGGCGAAGGUGUUCCCGGCAGUGGCGAUCCAGCUGAAAGUGACGAGGAAGAUGAGGAUGUUGCCGAGGACAGCGAAAGCGAGGGAGUAUCCCCAAAGCCACGGAAAGCAGCGCGGGUAGACGAUGUCGAAGAUCUCGGCGGCAUGGUGAAGUCUGAUUCUGCCGACCCGAUACCCGUCGACUUCACCACCUACAAGUCCAGGGUAUCUAAGCCCGUUUCUGCGCCUAAAGAGAUGGUCCCAGUGUCCUCCCCCACGCAUGCCGCCCUCACAAAGCAAGGCUACAGCAUUAUCGGAUCCCACUCAGGCGUCAAGAUCUGCCGCUGGACCAAGUCCGCCCUCCGAGGUCGCGGCUCAUGCUACAAAUACUCCUUCUACGGCAUCCAAUCCCAUCUCUGCAUGGAAGCCACGCCAUCUCUCUCAUGCUCAAACAAAUGCGUCUUCUGCUGGCGCCACGGCACCAACCCCGUGGGUACAACAUGGCGCUGGAUCACCGACGCCCCUGAGCUCAUCUACGACGGCAUCACCACCGCGCACUACAAGAAGAUCAAAAUGAUGAAAGGCGUCCCCGGCGUCCGCGCUGAGCGCUUCGCCGAAGCCAUGCGCAUCCGGCACUGCGCGCUCUCGCUUGUCGGCGAGCCCAUCUUCUACCCGCACAUCAAUGAGCUCCUCGCCAUCAUGCACAAAAACCGCAUCUCCACCUUCCUCGUCUGCAACGCGCAGCACCCCGCGCAGCUCGCCUCCCUCAUCCCCGUCACCCAGCUUUACGUCUCCAUCGACGCGUCGAACAAGGACUCCCUUCGCAAGAUCGACCGCCCCCUGCAUAGAGACUUCUGGGAGCGCUUCUGCGCGUGCCUCGACAUCCUCAAGCAGCGCCGCUUCGAGCAGCGUACCGUUUUCCGUCUCACGCUGGUCAAGGGCUUCAACAUGGCCGAGGAAGCCCGCGGGUACGCCGACCUCGUCGAGCGCGCGCUCCCCGGCUUCGUCGAGGUAAAAGGCGUGACGUACUGCGGGACGUCAGCAGCGGGGUCCGCUGGCCUCACGAUGCAGAACGUGCCCUUCUACGAGGAGGUCGCGGCGUUCGUUACAUUGCUUGCGGAGGAACUCGCGAAGCGCAACCUGUCCUACGGCAUCGCGGCCGAGCAUGCGCACUCGUGCUGCGUGCUCCUCGCAGACUCGACGCGUUUCCAGAAAGACGGGAAGUGGGCGACGCGCAUUGAUUUCGAGCGGUUUUACGAGCUGAAUGAGGGGUUGGUAGAAGGAACGAGGACGGAUGCGGAUGGCAAGGUGGUCGGGUGGCGGCCGGAGGAUUACGUGGGGCAGGAGACGCCGGAGUGGGCGCUUUGGGGGAAUGGGGGAUUCGACCCGCGGGAUGUGAGGGUUUGGAGGAAGGGGAAGGGGCCGAAGGAACAGGCUGGCAAGGAUGCAAAGGUCGUGGAGAUGUAA